AAAGCAAAACACGAAAUUGUCACAAAGCCCGAUUGUGUGCUAAAACGUGACUGGUGUAAUGUGGUAAAUUGUAAUACUGUCAGGUCUUAAUAUUUUGCCAAAUAAAGUAUACGCUUCUUUGAUAUAAAUAUUUAUUUUUGUUAAUAAUUAUCUAUUCUAAAUAUAUAGCAAAUAGUGUUCGUAGAGAAAAAUUUGGAAAUCAAAUUGUGUUUGUUAACUUUACAUUGUGAAUUUAUGGGACUCAAUAUAAUAUUUCGAUUGGCACGUAGGUGACAGUGGGAAUAAUGACGGUGGAGAAAAGUAAAGGAUUUGAGAAGAAUGUGCAGCCGGCGACGAGAAAGGUGGCUCCUGAUGGGGGAUGGGCUUGGAUGGUCUGUCUGGGAGUAAGCUUAGUUAAUUUUUCCACACGAUCUCUCGAGCCGUCAUUCGGUUUGCUAUUCAAAGAUCUCUUGGAUGACCUUGGUGUCCACACAACUGGGGCCUCAAUAAUCGCCAGCACGUUAGAUUCUGUCGUCAACUUCUCCGGUUUCUUCGUGGGGCCCGUUAUUAAGACAUUCUCGUACAGAAAAGUGUGUUUCGUCGGAUCAGUGAUAUGUGCUCUAGGAUUACUUCUAACUGCCCCGGCGAACAGUAUGGCGCAUAUAUUGGCCACGUACAGUAUAAUGGGAGGUUUCGGCGUAGGACUGGCAUCAGCGUCAUCGUUCGUCUCAUUGAAUCAUUAUUUUUCGAAGAAACGUGGUCAGGCCGUUGGGCUAUCGAUGGCGGGGACAGGGUUUGGAUUGAUGGUCAUGCCUCAGCUAGUAAGGUUACUGUUAGGGGAGUAUGGCUUCCGUUGGACGGUUGUCAUACUGGGUGCGUUGGCUUUCCAUGCUGUGCUGGGAUCAACCUUACUGCAACCGGUUAAGAGGCAUCUCAAAGAUGAGCCGGUCGAUUGUGAACUGCAGCCUAUAAAAGAAAUGGAAUGUAUUCAUGAAAGCGACGAAGAGCAAGAGGAUAAAUUCGAAAUCAACCCUCUUGUCACCCAUCCGAUGCCGAAGCUCACAUCCCAAAGGUCGCAUAACAACAUGAACCAUCCAUCCGUGCGAACUGUUGGUCUCCCGCGGGCGAAGACCUGCGAUAAGCCAUUGCCGGAGUUCGAGAGGUCGAAGAUCAAUUAUGGAUUGACAACGGCCGCGUCUCUGGCUGCGAUGCCAAUGGUCAAGUCCAGCGGAAGUCUCAGUGAGGCAGCCAGGAAGAGGAAAGUGUCUGUGAUAUCGAAUAUAUCAAAUAUGGACUUCACUGGCAGCUAUCUCCAGUUAUAUCUUGAUACAGCCGAUGAAGGGGCUUUGCAGAUGAAGACGAUAAAGAAAUCGGAAGCACAUGAAGAGAAGAAACAGGGUUGCAUUAGAAAAUUUAUAGCAUUAAUGGACCUGGACCUGCUGAAGGACUGGUCGUUUUUGAAUCUUUUACUUGGUCUCUCCCUGUUUUGGAGCGGCGAGUUACAAUUUAGGAUGUUGACGCCUUUCUUUAUUAGGAGUUUAGGAUAUAAUAUGAAUGACACGGCGUUUUGCCUCUCAAUGACGGCCAUUACGGACAUUGCCGUGCGACUGGUGCUGCCACCUAUCUUUGACAGAACGACCAUCUCUAAGAAAAUGAUAUUUUUUGUAUCUGCCUUCUUUUUGGCUGCAACGAGGUCAGUGCUUGCUGAGCAGUCAGAAUGGGUGCCGCUGAUGAUCUGGUUGUCGAUAUGCGGUUUCUUCAGAGGGAUGUGCCUGAGUAACUUCACGCUGACGAUAUCCGAGUACUGCCCGCUCGAGAAGCUGCCGGCGGCGUUUGGGUUACACAUGGUCAGCAAGGGAGUGUUUGUGGUGGCCAUCGGACCACUCAUUGGUUACGUCAGAGAUUACACGGGCAGCUUCGCGACGUGUAUUCACGUGCAGAACGCAAUGAUAAUGUCGUGCGUGCUCGUUUGGGGCGUGGAAUACGUGUACACGUUGACACGCAGACGCAAAGUUGUGCAAAUAUAGUACUUAAACUGUACUCCAUAGAGUUGAACUUUGUAUAUCCGCCUCAAUAGUGGAUAAAUGUGAUUUUUACUCCGGGUUCGUUCGAGAAUAGGAUUUUUAAAGCGAUUUCAAAUUUGGAUUUUAUUUAUGUCAGCAAUUUAUUGCUGUGUCCAGGGUUGACAGAAACUGAACUUAUAGUCAAGUUUAAUGAAUUCUUAAAUAUUUCAAUUUCAUUAUGUUUAAAUAAAAAUGUGAUAAGAAAUCAUUUUGAAUAAUAAUAAUAUAGUGGAGUUUACAUAAAUGUGUAUACUUUAGAUUCUAAUCUAUCAUUUCAAAUCGACCUUAUCGAAUACGAUCCACCGGACAUACGGCGAAUAGAAAAGGUAAGCGAAUAUAUUGUAACUGUAACUGAUUUUUAUCAACAAAUGGUAAACAGUCAGCCACGAUUGGCAUUAACUCCUUAGUAUUUUGAAUGUUAAACCAAAUUUUGAUUUAUCAAUGCUUACAGCUCUUAAAGCGUAUCAAAAUGGUUACGCUUUUAGGCUGUCAGGUCUAUUAUGCUGCUAUUAUCUUCAAAGUCUAUGGAUAAAUCUUUAAAGUUAAUACCAUAGACCAAGUAUAGUAACUAGACUAAUUGAUAGCUUCCGUCUCAUUCACACGAGAAAAAGAAAAACUUAUGCGAGUCUUAUGUAAAGAAAUGAGAUAGAGUGAUUAGAUGUUUUGUUUCGUCAUGCGUGCCGGUUUUUUCAAGGUCAGCACACCCGGUGUGCUAAACAAACUUGACAGCGCUGCACAGAUAUUAGGUUUACUUUUUUUGCGUCUAUAAAAAUAGCUAUUAUUUAUUGUUGUGAUAUGUGAUAUAUCCACUAUUUAUCCAACAUCAGUGACACUUUUAAGUAGAAUCGAAGGAAAUAUUGUGCGAUGUUGUUAUAUAUAUAGGAUAUUAUCUGUCCCAUGUUGGCCACGCCAAACCGAUGUGUAUUUACUAUACUAGGUCUAUGGUUAAUACGAUUUCAGUAUUUACGAGCAGUUAUUAUUCAUCAGAUACAAGUUCAAAUGUGGCAAGGUAUCUUCCGAGUUUGAUUUCGCUUUAAAAUUUGACAUGAACUGUCUGGCUUUGUACUUGUGAAGGAUUUACUUAACUGCCACUUUAUGCAGUGCUUAUAGUUUUGAUAUUAUAUAUUGUAUGAGUUUAAUUUUAUAUUCUAAUGUUUUUUUUUUUUAAUUUGGAUUCUCAUUUUUGCCAGUGAUGUAAUGUUUAGCAUAUCGAUAGCGUCUGCAUUUAGAUAUUUUAUAAUGCAUAUCAUUGAAAGACGUUAUAAACAUAAAGUUAGAUUUUUGUAGAUUUAUUUAUAAUACAUGUGUAUGACAAUAUUGCGUAUUCAAACUAUAAAGAUAUGCAAAACAACCCAACCAAAAUGUAUAAAAUAUUACCAGCUUAUUGCAUAUUUGAAAGUGGACUGUAAAAUUGUCAAUACAGUGGAUAAUUUUCAAAUAAAUGUAUUCUUUUGUUGCAUGAAUGCCUAGUUACUAGGUAACUAACACUCCAUGACAAGAAUUUUGAAACAAUAACAGUACUUAUGAAGUACUUAAUAUUUUACUCUCAUGACAUUGUUACCUUUAUAUCCCGAUGUAUGAAAAACUUUUUAGAAUAAUUUACUCUUUGUAGGUGUUUUGAUGAUUGUAUUUUAGAUGAUUGUUCGUAUUUUAGAGUGUUUUAAAUCGGCUUCAUUCUACGUUGAUUGUAGAUAUGUACUGCCGUUAAACUUUUAACGCCGCAAAAACCGAUAGUGUAUUGUGACUUUGUCAGGAAAAAUAAUUAAAAACUUAAAAGUCUUGUAAACAUUACCGAAUACUUUUAUAUUAUUUAUAUAUCCUUUUGAUGUUUCGCGUACGAACGUUUGCUAAUUGCAUGGUCACGGCGACCCUAUGAAUAAACUAGAAUUUAUGAAAAAAAAAAUUAUAACCUACGUAAUUACCAAACAGUUCAGCCAUAUAUGUAGUAAAUACAAUUAGUGACUAAAUUCAGAGCAAAGGAAAGCGGCGUCCACCUCCUGCCCGCGCCGUUUGUGACGGUACCGAUUCAUUUAAUUGCAUAUCGGUACAUAUUUUUGAUGUCCGUGCCACAACACGACUUUCCUACUAAAUGAGUAUAUUUUUAUUAUCCAAUUGGAACUUACGUAAAUUAAACUUACCACCUGUGUUGUAAAUAAAUGGAUGUACAUCAACAAGUUUUAGCAAGUUUUUGUGACAUAUUACUUGCGACUAAACGUCGGGGAAUAAGUGUUGUAGGAAUUUAGGGGCAGACGUUGACUCACUAUUUGUAUUUAUAACAAGUAUGUAUUUAGUAGGUGCUGUUUAAGAAUAACAAUGUUGAAUGACUGAGCUCAUUCAGAACCAGUGAUUCAGAAUUCUGACUUCACUGCUUCCGAAUUUCAGUAAAUUAUAUUUAUAAGGCUGAGAUCUAUCUAUGCUAAGCUUACACUACUCAGCUAAGUUUUACGUAAGUAAAGUCUGAGCAAACUCUGAGGCUGAGAUCUAUAGAGUGUACUUAGACUUUACUUACGUACCAGUGGGAGGCUCCUUUGUACAGGAUGCCGGCUAGAUUAUGGGUACUACAACGGUGCCUAUUUCUACCGUGAAGCAGUAAUGUGUUAGCAUUACUGUGUUUCGGUUUGAAGGGCGCCGUAGCUAGUGACAUUACUGGGAAUAGGUAAUGGACAGGGCGUAUCAAUUACCAUCAGCUUAACGUCCUGCUCGUCUCUUCCCUUAUUUUCAUAAAAAAACCCAAAACAAAGUAUGAUAAAACGCGAACUUGACUUGCAUUUGGCUGUUUUAGCUUAAACACAGGAUACUUUCAGCUGUCAAAUGGCUAUAAAAACGUAAUCAAAGACAAUGCUUAGCUUACACUCAGCUAAGUUUUACUUAAGUCCAGUCUGAGCAAAGGUUAUGUACGCUUUAUAGAUCUCAGCCAAGUGUUGAAAGUGUAACUGAUACUUGUUUUAAAUCUUCCACAAUAAUUGUAAUGAUGAAUGUGAAAGGUGCACAAUAUACGUUUAGGACUGAAAUUAUUGUUAUAACAUAUAUUAAUUUAUAUAAAUACAUACAUUAUGUUGAUUUCAAUCAUAUAUGACUAAAAACAUUGAUACUUCUCUAUGUCUUCCCUAGAUUUACCAGUUUUUAUCUAUGAUAUAUUUUGAUAAGAUAAAUUGUAUUUCGAAACCACUUCCUUUAUGAUAUACUAGCCGUUCCCGCCCGCUUCGCUUUGUGAAUUUUAAAAGGAAGGAAUGUUGGAAUUCAAACAAUAAGUAGCCAUAAACCAUCUAGGAUAAAUUUCGCAUCGAAUGGUGGUAGUUUCAUGUCGAUACGAUGAGUGGUUUAGGCGUGAAAGAGCCCCAAAAAAGACCAUUUUCAUUAUAUAUAUAAUGGAAAUGGUCUAGUAUAUAUAUAUACUAGAAAAAAUCUACCUUCCAAAUCCCAAAUUUGUAGGCUUUGUAGUUUCUUAGAUUUCGUGACGAGUCAAUUACCGGUGGAAAUCUCUUAUAUAUACAUAUAUAUAUGUAUAUAUAUAAUAUAUAUAGAUAAAGAUUCGCUGGAUAAUUUAUCUCGUAAAAAGUGACAUUUCUAUUAUCUCAAAAACACCACGGUAAUUGAACAAUGAUCCAAUUUCAAAGAGUUCACAACAGCUGCUCUACGCCAAAAUAGUGGAACUGCAAUAGAAUCGAUUUAUUGGUAGAGAUAAAAAGUUCAGCGUAUAAAUAAUAAAGGUGUUUAAAGUGAAAACUUUUUUAGCAGCGUUGAGCACUUUUCUUGGGAUGGGUAUAAAAUGUUAAACUCGCGUCAGGACACGUGACCUGAUCGAAAAUUCGUAAGACAGUCGUUGAAAUUAUGGAUUUAAGUUGAUUUUUCUGAGAGAUAAACUUUUUAAUGUAAAAUAAUUGUAAUAGUUCUGAAGUGUUAAUUUUUUUAUGUAAUAUAAAUUAUUAUUUUUGUGUACGAUAAUGAAUAAUUAUUGUAUAUAUUCAGGCAAUUCGUGUGAAAUUAUUCCCUAACCAUUCCAAAAUAUUCAAAAAUACACAACGUUAAUAUUCAAGUUUUCACUUCUGCCGGCACUCCCGGAGUGCAACCCGUUUUUUUAUUUAAAUACUUACAUUGUAAGGGAUAUUAAAAAUAUUGUGUUGUGAAAAGCAUUUGCGAGGAAUGUGUGUGCCAAAUAUUAAAAACAGGAAGAUACUAAUAUUAUUGCUUUUGUUAUUAAUUAACUUUGUAAUUAAUUGAUGAAUGAAUAAGGAAUGUUGAUAUCAAAAUUUAACUUAGGUUUAAUAAUUGUUGGUGUGUUAAAAAAAACAUUAUAGAAGUACUUUGCGGGAAUCCAUAUUUAUCAAAAUGAUUGGAGUUUUAUUUAGUGUUAAUUCCGCCAAUAUUUGUUAUUAAACAAUUCGACACGUGUUUCGCCCCUACACGAGACAUACUCAGGACGUCACACGUCGACACAAAUAUUGGCGGAAUUAACACUAAAGAAAACUCAAAUCAUUUAAAUUGGUGUGUUCACAGUUAUACUUCUAUUAGACCGGGGUAACAUAACGAUUUUCGUGUGAUUUUGAUUGUUGAUCAACAGAGGUUAACUCAUUAAGCAUAUUUUGCCAACAAACAUAGAGUGGUUGGCUCAAAAAAAAACAGAGAAUGUAAUUGCACGUAGUUCCUGAAAAACGUUCCAAGCCACAAACAUCACUUAAAGACAUCACGUCAUUUAAAGAGUGACAGUAGGGCUGCCAUUUUUUGUCAGUCCGUUAAUAUGAAUCACGUGUUCCACACCACCUAUAUCACGUGUGCACCAGUUUUGUGUUCUUAAGUCAAUUUCGACAUGAUUGUGGUUUGGGACGUUUUUUUGGAAUUACAUCCGUACAAUUGAUAGUGAAAUAAUUUUAUUUCUCAAAAAUCAUCAUAUAGAAGAACGGCCAAGAAACUUAGCAGGUAUUUUCUGAUAAAAAUAUGAAUAUAAUUAUAGAUAGAUACUUUAUUAUAUACCAAACAGACUAUGAUAUUUAAAAAAGGUUUUUAUAAUCAAAUACAUUUAAAGGGAAUAGACCAACAAUAACACGGCCGCUAUGCUUUCACCUUGAACCGCCCAGCGGUCAAGUGACCUCUAUUAACAAAAUGACUUUUGAUGCGCGUUCAUUCGGUGAUCAGACACAGAACGUGCAACGCAAGACGGAAAGCAGCAAAAAUUGGUUUAAAAAUCGUACAGUAGUUCAAACCAAAGCUCACUUUAACAUCACCUAUCGCCGGUGAGUACGAUUGAUUUAGUUUAGUUUAUAAUUAUAAAUGUUAAAAUGUAUGUAAUUGUGUGUAAAUGAAUCAUGAGAGUUGCCGCUCCCAGAAUCAGCAUUAGACUACACAAUUAUUAUUGAAAAUAUAAUUGUUCUAAAAUACCGCUUUUGGCGUGAAGCGAUGUGAUUGGUUAAUAUUGAUCGCGUCACGAUUGCCACGCCCAUAUGCUGCGCAAGAAUUGGUUGACGUGGACAUAAUAGUAAUAGUUUGUAUUUUCCCUCUAUUCCUCUUUGAAUGUUUUUGUUUAUAAUAUUUGUGAAUAUAAAAUAAAUUAUGUGCAAAUUAUAUAUUAUAUCUAUACAAAUCAGAGAAAAUAAGAAUUUUUCUGCCUUAUUUUAUAAUGAAACAAAAAGAACUGUAACCGUACAUUCACCUGGAAAUAUUUUAGGAAAUUUGUAUAUCGAAUAAUGAUAUUAUUAUGUUUAUAUUAAUAUUGUAAUACCUACUGAUAUGAGUACAUAGUCUACAAUAAGUAUUUAAAAGACCACAAACCAUGAUUAGGGAAAUGUAGAAAUCUACUUCUCGUGGAAAAUCAUCUUUAGAGCUGAUACUAAAAAAUAAUUAUCUGACAAAAUAUUGAUUUACGGCCGUUCCCAAUAUUCAGUCUAUCUCUUACUUGAGAUAAAAAUCGUAACUAUCGUUGGCUUUUCUGUCCCAAUAAACUUAUCGACGGUAACUCAGCUUAUCCGUACACGCUGUCGAACCAGCGAUAGAAGUUUGUAUGGAAAUUGCUAUUCACGCGUCCUAAUAUAAGGCGAUAAGAAUGACUUAUCGGCUAUAUUGGGACAGCUAAUUACUGAAAGUAGAAGGUAGUAAUUUAUCUAUAUCUGUAGAUAAUAUAUUGGGAACGGCCAUUCAAAAUAUUAGUUAGAGUUCAACAGCUGUUGUUUUAGUAUAUAGAUAUUUUUGCUGUUGUUUUAGAGCACAUUUAAUUAUUGUGAUAAUAUAAUCUUGAAUAUGUUAACAAGUACAUUAAUUUGAAUGACAUUUUAUGCCAUGACCUAAUAUUAGUUUAAUUAUUAAAAUGAUUGGUUACCUUG